AGCAGGUGCAAGAGAGGAGGUGGGGGGUUUCCACUUGGGCGGACCGUCUGCUGCCACUUAUGCCGAUCGCAGCCUUGCCCGCAAAACUUUUGCAGCGCGUGGGUCUCUGCAGCUCCGGCGCGCCGAUCGAUCUCGCGCUACUCCCCUCUUCCAUAGGCCCGGGGAGCAGCCGCGGCAAAAAGAAGAAACAUAAGAAAGAAAAGGCGCCGCCCCCUCCGCCGGCAGAGAGCGGGAUCCCCACGGGGCCACUUAGUCCCUCCUGCGUGGAUGACCCUGCCCGCCCGCCUUCCGUGCCCCCCCUGCCUCUUCCUGCUGCAGUUGGAGGUGGGCUUUUGGGAUCUGAUGAUGAGGAACAAGAGGACCCCCGAGAUUACUGCCGAGGUGGGUAUUACCCAGUAAAAAUUGGGGACCUCUUCAAUGGGCGUUAUCAUGUGGUACGGAAACUUGGAUGGGGGCACUUUUCAACAGUCUGGCUUUGUUGGGACAUUCAGCGGAAGCGCUUUGUGGCCCUCAAAGUGGUGAAAAGUGCUGUACAUUAUACAGAAACGGCUGUGGAUGAAAUCAAGCUACUGAAAUGUGUGCGAGAUUCUGAUCCUAAUGAUCUAAAACGGGAGAAUAUUGUCCAGCUGAUUGAUGAUUUCAAGAUCUCAGGGAUCAAUGGUGUCCAUGUUUGUAUGGUCCUUGAGGUUUUAGGGCACCAGCUGUUGAAGUGGAUUAUCAAAUCCAACUACCAAGGGCUUCCCAUACCUUGUGUCAAGAGCAUCUUAUGCCAGGUGCUGCAGGGCCUUGAUUACCUCCACACAAAGUGCAAAAUAAUCCAUACAGACAUCAAGCCGGAGAACAUCCUGCUGUGUGUAGACGAGAGUUACAUACGACGGCUGGCAGCUGAAGCUACUCUCUGGCAGCAGACUGGAGGUCCUCCUCCCUCUGGUUCUGCAGCUCUGCACCCCAGGAAAGCCUGCCCUGGAGUUAUGAGUGAUGGGGCUGUGACAUGGGGCCCUCUCAUCUCCCAGAAUGGGAAGCUUUCAAAGAACAAGCGGAAGAAGCUGAAGAGGAAGCAGAAACGGCAGAGUCAGCUCCUGGCUGAACGACUUCGGGACCUUCAGCAGCUGGAGGACCUGGCAGCUACAAAUGCAGGGACCAGCAAGUCCACAGAGACCACAGAAGGCCAUUGCAGUUGCCCCAUCUCAGUCUCUGGAGGGGGAGAACCCUCAGGGGGAUCUCUGGCCUGCAGUCCCCAAAGCCUGACGUCAUCCUCUGGCUUCUACACACACAACGCCUACGACAGCUGCAAUGGGCAUUCCCCACCUGGAACCGCCAGCCAUCAUGUCAGCCCUGACUCUGCCACCUCCGGCUUCUCAGGAUCGCUCUUCUCUGGAUCAGCCCUCUCAGGCGUUUCUAACCAGCGGGAGCGUGGUGGGCUUCUCUCACCCAGCACUUUUGGCACUUCUGAAUUCUUGGUGAACCCUUUGGAACCCCAAAACGCAGACAAGAUCAGAGUGAAGAUUGCAGAUCUGGGCAAUGCUUGUUGGGUGCACAAACAUUUUACAGAAGACAUUCAGACUCGCCAGUAUCGGGCUUUGGAGGUCCUGAUCGGUGCUGUCUAUAGCACUCCAGCUGAUAUCUGGAGCACAGCAUGUAUGGCUUUUGAGUUGGCAACUGGAGACUAUCUCUUUGAACCUCACUCUGGAGAAGAUUAUACAAGGGACGAAGAUCAUAUUGCCCACAUUGUUGAAUUACUUGGUGAUAUCCCCCCGCACUUUGCUCUUUCGGGGCGGUACUCGCGUGAGUACUUCAACCGGCGAGGGGAACUACGUCACAUAAAGAACCUGAAGCACUGGGGACUAUACGAGGUCUUGGUGGAGAAAUAUGAGUGGCCUCUCGAACAAGCAGUCCAGUUCACAGACUUCCUGUUGCCCAUGAUGGAAUACAUCCCAGAAGACCGUGCUACAGCUGCCCAGUGCCUCGAGCACCCAUGGCUAAACUCUUAGGGACAGACCUUGCUAAAACAAACUGAUUGGUGAAGUAAGGGAAUUCUGGCCCACGUGGCAUUUCCUGGCUCGUGGUAUAGCCUGCUUUGCUGGAGUGAUGGAUGUGGGGAAGAAUGUUUACUCCUCUUAGUUCCAAGAUUGGAGACUCUGGCUGAUUAAGCUAGAGUUCGUAUGGCUGGCCUGGAAUCCCACACAUCAAUUUAUGGCUACUUCUGAAGCACAAAUGAAAGAUGACCAGGAUUUCUUGCCCUUUUUUUUUCUUCUUUUGUUAGCAUAUGCCUUCUUGGUUGACAGUGGCCAUCGUCUCUAGGUGCCAUUGAGAUAAUGCUGUUUGACUGUUUAUAACCAGUUCUGAGAUUUCUUGGUUUUUUUCUCUCUCUCCCUUUUAAGGUAUGUGUUUAAAGGUUCCCACUCUUAAAAACCAAAUGAGUGUGACAGAAAAGUAAUUUCAGAGGAAUGGGUAUGUGCAAGGUGGAUGGUGAAUUGGAUGUACCUGAGAGUUGGAGCAAGAAGCUGGAAAGAGCUGCCAACUCUUGUUGAUGGAAGAAAAUAUAUCCCCUCCCCUGCCUAAAUUUCUAUUUUAACUCCAAGAAAAUGUGGCCUUUUUUUGAGCAACAAUUUAUACAGGUGAAUGAAAUUUUGUAGCAUUACAUGAUAUUGAUGUAGAAAUUUUAAGUGGGAAGUAUGUAGCAGUAUGAGAAAACUCAUGGAAAAAGAAAUAGAACUACAUCAAUAGCAAAGUGGGAGAGGAAGGAUUCUUAUUCCAGUGGGUUCUGAAUACUUCGAUAAAGUUUUCUGGCAUUUUCUGGGAAGAUUCUCUAAAGUUUGAUCAGCAGCUGAAUAAACAGAAGGAUGUAAUAGUAUCCCUCCUCCUUCCAGGAGCAUUUAUGGCCCCUUUCCAUAUUAUUAGACUAUAGCCCCCAAUAUGCAUGCUUUUCACUAAUCAGGGGUUGCAUAUCUGCUCAUCAUUUGAUAUCUUGAGAAACUCAAUUCAAAAAAUAAGUUGUGGUUGGAAAAAUUUUUGAAAGAUAUGUAGUAAGAAUUUUUUAAGCAGUCUGAUUUUUCUAAUAUGCCUUGUGAUGUCCAAUGUUGUUUUUACUUCUAUUCUGUUUCAUUUCCUUUAGCCCAUUUUUUUAUCCAACUUUUGAGAUGGUUAGGAAUAGAGAAUAAUCCCCGUUAUCAUUUGCAGGAUUUGGGGAGGGGGGAGGGAAAUCAAGCUAGCUGUAUGUGUGCGGUUAGUGUGUUUUCUUGGCAGAUGUUUGGGAUUGUUCACAUUGUUGCCAUCUUGGGCUGCUGUUGCAACUCCUAUUCUGAUUUUCAAUACUUGUGCUUAGCAGUUUUUUUUCAAAGAAAGAACAGCUGCUCAUAAAAAGCUUUUGAGCAAAAUUAUUCAAGCUACUUUGUGCCUUUACAAUGGAGUCUACCUAUUGUUUGCUGGAUGCACUGAAUAGGGAAGGGAAGAAAAGUGAGAGCUGUUACAUAUAAAGCCUCCCCCCCCCUUUCCACUCCCAAAUGUCCUGGGAAAGGAAUGCAAAAGAAAUAAAGACCUGGAGCCAGGCGUAAAGCCAAACGUCCUUUCCUUUUCCUAGAGACAUUCUGUUGAAGCUAAGUUGGGAUUCCUGUUUCUGUGGAAACUAGAUUCAGCUGUCUUGAAUCUGGAGUCUGUGGUAUGAAGCUGGAAGUAAAAGAUGUGGUUCUGAUUCUUCUGAACACUCCAGUCUCAACCUGGGGCAGUGAAUGGGGAACAUCUGGGUGAAAAUACUGUUUAUACCAAAGUUGUGUUGCCACAGAACCAAACCCAAUGAAAGCGAGACAACUGUUUUCUUGCACUGUUAUCUCCCCAAUGAGAAGCCAUGGCCUUGAUUUAGAGGUGUCCCAUGUGUGCCAGUGUUGGGGGGGAAGUAUGUGUGGAAGUGUUUUGAAUGCUGUGCUGUUACAGGGAUUGAAUUCCAAAAACAUUUUUUUUCAUUAAAAUAUUUGCAAUAA